AUGGCUAACAAGAAUGUGUUAUGGGUUCAUAUGGCUAACAAUAAUGUGUUAUGGGUUCAUAUGGCUAACAAUAAUGUGUUAUGGGUUCAUAUGGCUAACAAGAAUGUGUUAUGGGUUCAUAUGGCUAACAAUAAUGUGUUCUGGGUUCAUAUGGCUAACAAUAAUGUGUUCUGGGUUCAUAUGGCUAACAAUAAUGUGUUAUGGGUUCAUAUGGCUAACAAGAAUGUGUUAUGGGUUCAUAUGGCUAACAAGAAUGUGUUAUGGGUUCAUAUGGCUAACAAUAAUGUGUUCUGGGCAUAUAUCUUUAACAAGAAUGUGCUGGGGGUUCUAAACAAUGAAGUGAUGUAUGAUAAUCGAUGUUACUUGACAAGUGGAGGUUCAUCUGAAAUAUUCACCAUAAACGAAGCGCUACCUGUUGAUUCCAUCCUCGGUAGGAUACAGGUUAACGGAAAUGCUGGUAACGAUGGUGACAUAGUGUUGUCUCUGGACGGUGACAAUCUUCCAAUUUCUAUCGAACCUUACACUAAAAACCUUAUCCUCAGACAGAAACUAGACAAGGAAGGAUUGGAGGGUGUUCAGACCAUUAGUGUGGACGUCAGUUGCUCAAAAACUGGGGUGGAGGACCCGAGUAUUAUCAUUCCAGUUCGUAUUAUCGUCACAGAUGCCAACGAUAAUGGCCCCAGAUUUAUAGGAAGUCCCUACACUCUCAACAUCAGCGAGAUAACGGUGGUCGGAACUGUGGUAAUGCAAGACAUCAAAGCCGUUGAUGACGAUCAAGCAGGUCUUUUCAACACUGUUGAAUAUUUCAUUGAGCGUGGACCUUAUUCGCAUCUCUUGGCGUUUGAUAAUCGUUUGGAAGGUAUUCUUAUCUUAAAUUCGCCACUGGAUUUUGAGACUCUCCCUAAAUUUUCAGUGAAAAUAAGAGCUCAG